AUGGGUGUCAGUAAUAAUGAUAUCAAUGACCAGAACAUAUCUAUUGGUCCAAUCAGUAACAACAACAACAUGAACAUUACUCAUCUAAGCUCUGAAGAUUCUAAUGAUUGUCAAAAUGAUCAAAUAGUAAUUAGUCGCCAACAACUUCAAGAUAUAUUUAAUCGGCAAAUUCUUUUAACUGGCAAAUCUACUACUUUAAGCUGUUUAAUGAACGGAGUAACACUGAGUGGCGGUGAAAUUUAUUUAGAGGAUCAAGAAAAUGCUCCAUCCUCGAUAUCCACCACAUUAUCAUCCUUAGUAUCUGGUAUAAAAUCAGUAGCUUUUGAUGUUUCUUAUUAUUGGAUCAAGAGGCUUUAUGAUUGUUUCUUAUCACUCCAUGAUCAACAAUCAUAUUACAAACGUUUAAUGGAAAUUGCUACUAAUUAUGAACAAUGGUCAGAAGCUGCUACAAUAUUGGAUCAAUUACAAGGAAAUGAUCAAUGGAAGAAUACUCCAAGUUCAGAUGACUAUGAUUUUGAAUUACUACAGAGAAGGCUUGCUCAGUUAAAGAAAGCACGUAAAACUGGUGAUUUAUCACAAAUGAUUUUUUUAUUAAGAACCUCAUUAGCAAGAAAUCUUGGUGAUAUGGGUCAACCUGAAUUAUAUGCACAUACACAUAUUGGGACCAAAAGAUUGAUUGAAGCAUAUAUAAAUGAAGUAGUAAAACAAAUGAAUAUAAUAUGUGACACUGAAUCAGAUGAAAUAUCUACAAAAGCAAAAUUAGAGUUUUUCACUAAUACAAGACAAUCAUUUGGAAGAACUGCUCUUUUAUUAAGUGGUGGUGCUACAUUCGGACUUAUACACACGGGAGUAAUUAAAAGUCUUUACGAGUGUAAACUUUUACCUCGUAUUAUUUCUGGUGCAUCAAUUUUUGAAAGGUCAUCAGAUCCAGAUACUUGGUGUAGAAGAGCAAUUAGAUUUUUAAAACACGUUUUUGAUGUGGAGGAGGCAUAUAAUCGUACAAGAAGAGUUUUGAAUAUAACAGUUAGUUCAUCUACCGUUUAUGAAAUGCCAAGACUACUCAAUUAUUUAACUGCUCCAAAUGUAUUGAUCUGGUCAGCCGUUGCUGCAUCUUGCUCAAUUCCAUUAAUUUAUAAUUCAACACCUUUAAUGGCAAAAGAUAAAUCAGGAAACAUAGUUCCAUGGAAUCCUUCCGUGAAUCCACACGUAGUUCCAUUUUUAGAUAAAAAAUUGAUUCCAUCGCCUAUCAGUAGAUUAGUUAACUGGUUUUUGUUUUUAGCCACUUCUGAAUUACAACAUCGAAUGAAUCAGCUGAGCGAACUUGGAGUAGCGCCAAGUGUAAUAUAUAUGAUUCAAGCAAUAGUAUCACAACGUUAUUGUGGUGAUAUUACAAUAGUUCCUAAAAUAAGUUAUAUGAAUUUUCUUAAACUUUUAUCCAAUCCUACUCCUGAAAUAAUGGGAGAAGCUACACUAAAUGGUGAAAAGGCUACUUGGCCUAAAAUUUCUAUAAUACGUAAUCAUUGCCAGAUUGAAUUGACAUUGGAUGAAGUUAUUCAUCGGCUUCGUCGUCGUCAACUUGAAGAUUUAAACAUUUUCAUUAAUAUUAACAACAGCAACAACAAUAAGGUUGGAACUUUGGAUUCAGUUAUUCAACAACAAAAAAAUAAAAAAAAUGCUAAUGCUGAUGAUAAUAUUAUAAUGACAGUCAACAUUGUAGAUGAUAACUUGGAUUAUAAAUAA